CUCUCUGCUUCAGUGCACUUGUGCUUAUCAUGAGACUAGUACUUCCUAACCCAGGACUGGAUCUCCGGAUCCCGGACCAUGAAGCUCUGGAGAAGAUGGAGAAGGAGGAGGUCGGAGGCAGGCCAAAGUGGGACAACAAAGCCCAGUACAUCCUCACCUGUGUGGGCUUCUGCAUCGGACUUGGAAACGUAUGGCGGUUCCCCUAUUUAUGUCAGAGUCAUGGCGGAGGAGCAUUUUUGAUUCCCUACCUGAUCCUGCUGGUGCUGGAGGGAAUGCCUCUCCUGCUGAUGGAGUUUGCCAUUGGCCAGCGUCUCAGGAAAGGCAGCAUCGGUGUCUGGAGGGCCAUCAACCCUUAUUUGAUUGGUAUUGGUAUUGGCUCCAUGUUGGUGUCCUUUCUGAUUGGACUGUACUACAAUACCUUGAUAGCCUGGGUCCUCUGGUAUCUCUUCAAUUCCUUUCAAAGCCCACUUCCUUGGACCCAGUGCCCUCUCAAUGAAAAUGGGACAGGCUUUGUACCAGAGUGUCAGCAGAGCUCCACUGUGGAUUACUUCUUUUACAGAGUGACUCUGAAUAGUUCAGCCUCUAUAGCUGAUUCUGGGGGAAUCCAGUGGCCCAUGGUUCUCUGCCUGCUGGCUGCCUGGUCUGUCAUUGCUAUCUGCUGCAUCAGGGGCAUCAACACUUCAGGCAAGGCCGUGUACGUCACAGCCAUCCUGCCCUACAUCGUGCUGGCCAUCUUCCUGAUCAGAGGGCUGACUCUUAAAGGAGCACUGAGUGGAAUCAAGUUCCUCUUCACACCUGAUGUCAGUGAGUUGAUUAAACCAACAACUUGGCUGGAUGCAGGCGCCCAGGUCUUCUAUUCCUUUGGUCUGGCAUGGGGAGGCCUGAUCUCCUUCUCAAGCUACAACCCUGUUCACAACAACUGUCUGAAAGAUGCUGUGAUCCUUACGGUUGUGACUGGCCUGACAUCCAUCUACGCUGCCACGGUCACCUACACCAUCAUUGGCUUCAGGGCCACAGAGAAAUAUGACAGCUGUGUCAACAGUAACAUCAUGAUGCUUUUAAACGCCUUUGACCUUCCUGAAGAAAGCAUCACUCCAAACAACUACGACCCGGCUCUUCAUCACCUCAACUCCUCGUAUCCUGAUAUCAUCCUUGGGUUGGACAUCAAACCUUGUAACCUGCACACUCUUCUUAGUGAGGGAGUGGAGGGGACUGGUCUGGCCUUCAUUGUGUUCACAGAAGCCAUCACUAAGAUGCCUGGCUCUCCAGCCUGGUCUGUCCUCUUCUUCAUCAUGCUUUUCUGCUUGGGACUCUCAACACUCUUUGGCAACAUUGAAGGGGUGGUGGUCCCACUCAAAGACCUAAAAGUAUACCCUAAGAAGUGGCCCCAUGAAGCACUGACAGGAGUGACCUGUGUUGUCUCCUUCCUCAUCUGCCUCUUGUUUGCACAGCAUUCUGGGUUUUAUUGGGUAACCCUCUUUGACAACUUUGCUGGAUCUGUUCCGUUGCUGACCAUUGGGUUUUUUGAGAUGAUAGUGGUCGUUUACAUUUACGGCAUAGACAGGUUCAAUGAGGACAUCAAGUUCAUGAUUGGAUAUAAACCCUCCAUCUUCUGGCAGGUUUCCUGGAGAUUCAUCAGCCCUGUAGUGGUUCUGGUUAUUUUAGUUUUCUAUCUGGUUACACAAGGUCAAGAAGAGCUCACCUACUUAGUCUGGGAUCCCAGCUCUGAGAAGUUCCCAGCUCUGGCAUCAGUUUCUUACCCUGUCUGGAUCUAUGUGAUCAUCUUUGUUCUUGCAGGAAUUCCCAGUCUUACAAUUCCUGCAUGUGCAUUAGGUAGACUGAUCUGUAUUUGCUGCAAAAAGGGGAAUGGUGAAAGGUAAAUGGGUACCAUGGGUCGCAUUCACCCAGUCACACCCUGAUGGUAGAAGCUGCCACGUAAAGAGUCCAUCAGAUUGGAGUUAAGUGUCUUGCCCUAGGACACGUCAGCAUGACGGGAUCAAACCCCCAACCUUCUGACCAGCUCCUCUGCCUCAGGUCUCAGCUCCUCAACUGUUAAACUUGUUUGGAUAUUUUUGUGUUUGAAUUAACAUUUUUCACUCAUUUGUCCAAAUCUAUGCAAAAUUAAAGCCCAGUACUUGUCCAGUAGAUGCUGUUCAGUCCAGUAAUCUGUGUUUUUAUAGUGCUGUAUCUGGAUAUGUUUUACUCUUCUCACUUUAACCUGAAAAGAUUUUUUGUUGUAUAAAAUAUUUGUAAAUUUCAGAAAAAGACAAAUAUACUUCAGCACUUGUGGGUCCUUUAUUCUCCUUGCUGAUACAUGUUUUUUCUCUCCCAUUUAUUAUUUUCCUGAAUAACUUCACAUCACAUUGAAUAAACUUAUCGUAAGUGUGGACGGGGCGCCGUCAGGGAUUUGGGCCCCAUGAAAAGAACCCUUACUGGGCCCCCUCACAAGUUUUGAUCCUGUUUUACAUAAAACUAUGCAUUUUAAUGAUUUUUUGACAAUCAUUCCCAUAUUUGUGAAGAGUACAACAUGACAGUUACUUGGUAGGGGAAGCACUGAAAAUACAAUGAAAUUCAUUUAGAUUCAGUUAUUUGCUGCAAGACUGAUACUCUGAGAAAUGUAGAAAUGUUUC